AUGCCGAACCCGUCCCAACUCUUCCUCCUUGCCGAUCACAUCAAGCUCUCCCUCCUCGAACGCCAACGAGCCAUCUCCUUGAAUCUAGAACCCAACAGCCAAGAUGGCGAGAUUUCCCGCUCACUUGACUCACUACGUGAAGGAAUCGAAGGCGUCGAAUCCAAUGUUACGAGGUUAGAAGAAUCAAACGAUGAUGAGGCCUCCGUAUACAAAGACCAACUGGUUCAUCUACGGUCGCAAUACAGCGAUCUAUCAUCGCAAUUCAACGGGCCUUCCAGCUCAAGUGCCGAUGACGACGGGACAGACUCACCGCAAUUCCAAAAUGUCAAGAACUCAUCGCCGGACCUGAAACAGCCCGUUCCGCAGCAUCCGCCGUCCAAAUCCGUUCGUUUCAUGGACGAUUCCGCCGACGCCGAGGACGAUCUAAACCGUCGCAACCUGUUCCAACCAUACCGAGACUCCCCAUCUCCUGAGCGCGUGGAUACGUCUGACAUGUCAAAUGACCAAAUAUACGAUCACCAUGACCAGGUAAUGCGGGAUCAGGAUGACCAGUUGGAUCGGUUAGGCGAGUCUAUUGGGCGGCAGCAUCAGCUGAGUAUCCAGAUUGGGGAUGAACUCGACGGGCAUGUAGCGUUGCUGGACGGCGUAGACAGUGGUGUUGAACGCCAUCAGAGCAGACUGGACAAUGCGAAGCGGCGCAUUGACAAGAUUCGCAGGAGUGCUGGUGACAACUGGAGCAUGAUGACGAUCAUCGGGUUAAUUAUUGUUCUUGUUAUCCUGAUCGUCCUCCUGAAAUGA